AUGGUUGUAACAGAGCUGGACUAUCGCUGCUAUAAUCCGUUAUAUUCUUUGUAUGCGAAGAAAUUCAAUAAAGGACUGAGUAUUUGCAGAGUGGCUGACAACGCCAAGAUAGCUACAGUUGCAGUACGGGAUCUCAACGUUUUGGCUCAAUUUCAAUGGGAUCCUAUCACGGGCAAGCGUAUGACCGUGUUCUACAAAGAUGGGAAUGCUAGAAUAUACGAUGCUUUUCAAGCUGGUAAGCUCCUGGCGCUGCUUCGAAUAUCCAAAACUAGGGUUGACGGAGCUAUAUGGGAUCGUAUUGAGUUGAGUAGACAAGAAGUUACUUUUAAGUUUGACCAUUUUGUACUAAAUUCGAUGCCCAAGAUGAUCAGAUUCGCGAGGGAUACCAGACAGAUAUUCAUACUACCCUAUGAGCCGCCCAACAAGACCUGGCGGCUAGCCACAGAGGAAGAAGAUGGGGUGAAACGUGAGAAGGAGAUCUUGGACGUCCACUUGGUGCACCAGGAAGACAAUGGAUUGGUUUUGAUGCUUGAUGGCGAUUUUAUUUUGCGAUUAGCCGCUGGGCCUUCAGGACCUGCCCUGAAGGACAUAGUGGUGGCCGAUCGCGGGUUGUACCAUUGUUUCUACGAGGAUGCAACUGUGGAGAGCUUAAGCUUGGACCAACUGAUACAAUGUGAUGCAACAAUCCAGUUGAUACAGCAUUUUAUCGCGAUUAAACAGUUGAACCAUUAUCUUCAAGAUCAUCUGGAUCUCAUAAAGAGGGACCUUGUCGCUCCAUACACAGAAUUCUUGACCAAAAUUUGUGACGCUGCUUUUGGAUACGAAAUAUUACAUGAAGAGUUGGAGUCCCUGUUGCUAGGCGGCGGCCUUUCUGUUGAACUAGAGAAUUGGUUUUGUUAUACAGUGGGGGAAAAGAAUUUCAAGAAAUGGAAGAAAAUGGGACUAGAAAUGUAUCAAAAGACCAUCCAAAUACUGACUUUAUCUUUUAUUCCCGCAUGCGAGAGAGUGAUCUUGCUCAGCGAAAGAUGUCGUGCCUGUCUGAAAGCGCUACAACUAAUCGAGUCCAGUACAACAACAGACUCAAGUGAGUUUGCAAACUUGACGUCUCUGAGUCAAACGUACUUAAGAUCCACGGUGGAGACCAUACAAGGAGUAAGUGCGCAGGAAGUGCUUUUCCAAACUUUCCUUCAAUGGUUCGAUGACAGGCUACACGAAGCCCUAGACGAAGACUAUAAACAAAAACUAUCAAUAGACUCCAAUUGCAAGAUAGGCUAUCAAAUUGCAACGUACCUUGAUUUACGCAUCAAUCCUGACAAGCAAUCAGAAUACGACAACAAAUUCUUAAAACUGCAAACGUUCCAAGAAAUACUAGACACCAUGUCACAAAAUCUGCAACUAAUCAGAGAUCGAGAAAUCGAACCCAAAGUGCUCCAAAAGAUUACAAGAGUAAAUCGCCACAAUUUACCAAACUCAGAAAACCAGAUCCUACUCGCUGUAGCACCCAUCCCAUCCCAAUCAAACAUCAUUUCUUUCUUCUCAAGCUCUAACGCUGCACAACAGCCCACAUUUUACACAAGGACCCUGGAUAAGUCUAGCCUCGCCCAGAUCUCUUCUGAAGUUCCGAUAGAACUGCCAUUCAGUCAACAGGAUCACCAUCAGAUAAAAGCAGGAAUUGCUCGACUCACAAGUCCUUUAGAGAAACCCCAAGACCACAGUAAUCAUCCGUAUAACGCCGAAAUUGUCCUGUGGGUGUCGAACAACAACGCCGCAACAUGCGAAGAACAGUUUACAGUCCACUGCCAAAUCACACCCGCAGGCAUGCCAAUCCCUGGCGAGUUUAAUCGGAAGUCAGAGCAGUGA